AUGGGAAACAACUGUGUUGGAUCCAGAAAACCCUCCAAAGAUCAAUUCGUUUUUCCAUCUAUUAACCUUCUUCCAGCUUCAUGGUCAUGGUCACACACUGUUCAACAACACCCACCACCUGUUUGUCAAAUUGAUUCACAACCAGUUAUUAUCUUCAAGGAACAACAUCCUAGACCAACCAAUCCAAAACCGAUGAUGAUGUUGCCUAAUAUUAAGAGGGUCCGACCAAAAAGUGCUGGACUUAAAGCAGAAUCAGUUUUGCUAACAAACUCUGGUUCUUUUAGUGAGUGUUAUGAGAUGGGAGAUGAGCUUGGGAAAGGACAAUAUGGUGUAACUUCGCUUUGUUUCGAGAAAGCGACCCGGAAAAAAUAUGCAUGCAAGUGUAUUCCUAAGGUGAAAUUGGUGAAAGAAGAUGAUUUGGAGGAUGUGAGGAGGGAGAUUCAGAUAAUGCAUCAUUUGGUUGGGAGUUCUAAUGUGGUGUCUAUUAAAGGAGCUUAUGAGGAUUCUGUUCUUGUUUAUAUUGUCAUGGAGUUAUGUGAAGGGGGUGAGUUGUUUGAUAGGAUUGUUCAAAGGGAUCAUUAUACUGAAAGAAAAGCAGCUAAACUUGCUAGGACUAUUGUUAGUAUAGUUGAGUCUUGCCACUCGCUUGGAGUAAUGCAUCGUGAUCUUAAACCGGAGAAUUUUCUUUUCGUUGAUGGAGAUGAAGAUUCAACUCUUAAGGCAAUUGAUUUUGGAAUGUCUGUUUUCUUCAAACCAGGAGAAAAGUUUAGUGAUGUAGUAGGAAGUGCUUAUUAUAUUGCACCCGAGAUUCUCAGACAGAGUUAUGGUCCAGAAGCUGAUGUCUGGAGUGCUGGUGUGAUCAUAUACCUUCUCCUAUGUGGAACAGCUCCCUUUUAUGGUGAAUUAGAAGCAGAGAUAUUUCAUGAGAUUUUGCAUGGUGAACUUGAUUUCUUUUCGGAUCCUUGGCCAAGUAUCUCGGAAAGUGCAAAAGACUUGGUUAAGAAGAUGCUUGUUAGAGAUCCUAGUAAAAGGAUAACAGCACAUGAAGUUCUUUGCCACCCUUGGAUUCAGAUUGAUGGAGUUGCUCCAGACAAGCCGCUUGAUUCCGCAGUUUUGAGUCGUCUAAAGCAAUUUUCUGCUAUGAACAAGCUCAAGAAAAUGGCUCUUAGAGUUAUUGCUGAGAAUCUCUCUGAAGAAGAAAUUUCUGGGUUGAAAGAAUUAUUUAAGAUGAUAGACACUGACAACACCGGUCAAAUUACUUUUGAAAAACUCAAGGCUGGACUGAAAAUGUUCGGCGCAAAUCUCAAUGAAUUUGAGAUUUUUGAUCUAUUGAAUGCUGCAGAUGUAGAUAAUAGUGGCACAAUUGACUAUGGAGAAUUCAUAGCUGCAACAUUGCAUUUGAACAAAGUUGGUAGGGAAGAUAAUUUAGUUACAGCUUUUUCAUAUUUUGAUAAAGACGGAAGUGGCUACAUCACUCAAGAUGAGAUUCAAAAGGUUUGUAAAGAAUUUGGCAUGGAAGAUGUCCACUUAGAGGAAAUGAUCCAAGAAGCUGAUCAAAAUAAUGAUGGACAAAUAGACUACAGCGAAUUCGUUGCUAUGAUGCUGAGAGGCAAUGCAGAUUUAGGCAAUAGUGGUUCUAAGUGUAGAAGCACUAGCUUUAACAUUGGAUUAAGGAAGAUAGAGGCACAAUCAGUAUGUUAA